AUGGGGUGGUCGUGUGCGACGGCAGGUAUCCUCCAGCGGCCAGGCCUUCCUGAUCUUGAUCUUUGGACUCUCAGUGGGCGCCUGCUGGGACACGAGCUCCGCCAAGGCUGCCGGAGCGCACUUUGGAGGCAAGUUGCCCGACGCCAGCUGUGGUACCUGGACGGGCUGGACCCCGACGCGGGCAUCGACCUCGACGCGGCCCUCUCCUUCAUGAAGCACAAGGGAGCCGACGCCCUCUCCGACUACGAGAUGGGGGUGCUACGCAGCGUGCUCACUGGAGGCGUGCGGCCGCAGUCCCGGCUAUUCAAGGCUGGCCUCGUCGAGUCGGCGACGUGCCCGUUGUGCCAAGCAGCGGAGGGCACGCUCGGGCACCUCUUCUGGGAGUGCCGGUGCACGGCGGCCCUUCGCCGGGAGCUGCCGCCAGCCGUGGUGCAGGCAGCCCAGAACGGCACCCUUCCGCGAUGCCUCACACGGUGUGGUAUUGUCUGUGAGCCGCCGGAGGUCCGCGAAGCUGGUGGCUGGCUGGCUGCCGCCGCGCCGGGCCAGGAGCAACUGCUGGGACAGUGGCGACUGCGGGUCUCUCAGCAGGCGUGGUAUCGCGGAGGCCGGCUUGUGAUUGCCACGGACGGGGCGUGCUGGAACCAGCAGCUGGGAUGGGCUCGCCGGGCCGGUCUGGGCAUCUACGUGGGCCCUCGGUGCGGCAACCUCAGUGCAGCUCUCCCCGGCAUGGAUCAAUGCAGUGGGCGCGCCGAGCUCCUCGCCAUCAUUCUGGUCUUCGCCGAGGCCGGCCGGCUGGGGCUGCAGGUGGAGAUCUUGACGGACUACGAGUGCGCCGCCAAGGCUUGGGCAGCGUGGAGCGGAGGCCCGUCCUUCCACCCCAGGGAGCAGCUGGAUCUUUGGCGCCGCCUGGAGCCCCUCGCGCGGGCGGCCCUCGCAGCAGGUUCCGCCCUCACCUGGGUCGCUGCGCACGGCCGUGCGGCACGCGAGCAGGAGCUGAGGUGGAACAAACUUGUUGACGACCUCGUCGUGCAGGGGUCCAAGCGGCACACGGGCCUCCAGCGCCUGACCCAGGCCAUCCGCCUGAAGGAGGCCAACCAGGAGAAGGCCCAAGCCGUUCAACGGCAUAUGGUGAGGGGGAGGGCUGGAGGUGGUGGGGGACGUGGCCGCGGCGAGCGGCCCUGGAAGCGGCAGCGCGCGGCAGCCGUAGCAGUGGAAGGGCGCUCCUGA